AUGGCUGAGGAUGAUGUGGCAGAAAGAUAUGAGUCGGCAACAGCGGUGACGUUGGGCGUCACCGUUUUUUCCACAAGCUUUUUGGGGCUUUUCGUGGCCGCGGUGCCGGCUUCACGGUCCCUUUUCGAGUUCCUAGCAGCUACGCUGCUUUGGCCCACAUGCCUUCUUUGGCUAAACUGGUGUGUGCUUGUACCACUCACAGAGCAGCAAAGACACCGUCUGAAGACGGUGCGAAGGGUAAAGACGGCUCUUGGGAGCUUGGGGCUUUUUCUGGUGCCGAUUUGCACAGACGCCAUGCGCCGAGGGCCAGGAAGGAUCAUUGGCGCCUCGGAGUCCGCAGCCGCGAUCCUGGUGACAGCUCGAGCUAUGCAACUCCUGCGACGCUUGGAAACUGCAGAGAGCGAAGAGACUCCGAGUUGUCCGGGGAGCCCUCCAAGUCAGCUUUGGGGGAGGUGGAGACGCUUUUAUCACAUGGCUUGCCUGAGCUGGCAUGAUGUUGACCGGGUUUGCGUUCUGCGAGAAAUAGAGCACCAAAGGCAUUACACCAAAGCCUUCGCGGAGCUGAUCAUCUCAGUCCUGGGCCUGGCUGCCUGCGGCGUGGCCAUGCAUGGAACAAACUUUGCCCGGACCAUCGGCUGCAUCAGCUUGAGCAUGGCGAGGCUGUUGAUAUGUUGCUUUGGAGCUGGCAGUGUCGUGUUUGGGUUCUACACGUUUGAUCGUGCCUACCUUUUCCUCCUGUCUUACUUCAACCAGCUAAGUGUACACUCCAUCUUCGGACCUGGGUUGUGGCAAAGUCGGACCAUUAAAGAGUUUUGGAGACAGUGGAACUUGCCAGUGCAGCGGAUGCUGGUCUCUGGCAUAUUCCGGCCUUUGAGGAGGGCUGGCUGCUCGGAAAGUUGUUGUGGCUUUUUAGUGUUUCUUGUUUCCGGACUGGGACAUGCUUGGCCUUUGCUGUGCGUCGGGGCAGAACAUUGGCAGAUUGCUUUCAUGCUCCUCUUCUUCGUCACGCAGAUGAUCCCACUUCAGGUUGAGUCCACCCUGCACAUCAAGGGCCGCUUCUGGGUCUACACAGUGGAACUCCUCCUGUCUCCUCUCUUUGUCCUACCUUUGCUCGGGCCCGUGCUCAUAAGCUCCUGA